GCCGGAGCCGGGGCCGCAAGGCGCGGCGGAAGGCCAUGCACCGGGGUGUGCCAGGACCAGGCCUCAGGGGCCUGAAGCGGGUCGAGGGCGCUGCCGAGGACUUGGGGGACUCUUGCCUGGAAGCCGGGAAGGACUUCGGGGUGCUGAGAGAGAAUGGCGCCCCCCGCGGCCUGGGCGAAGCAGAAGAGGUGGCGGGCAGCAGAAAGCGCGCCCGGCCGGCGCGGUCCAAGGCGCGGCGCAUGGCUGCCAACGUGCGGGAGCGCAAGCGCAUCCUGGACUACAAUGAGGCGUUUAACGCACUGCGCAGGGCCCUGCGGCACGACCUGGGAGGAAAGAGGCUCUCCAAGAUCGCCACGCUGCGCAGGGCCAUCCACCGCAUCACGGCGCUCUCCCUAGUCCUGCGCGCCAGCCCCACGCCUCGCUGGCCCUGUGGGCACCUGGAGUGCCAUGGCCAGGCCGCGCGCGCCGGGGCCGCGGGCUCCAGCCUGCCGCGGCCCGCGCCGCCGUCUGCGGGGCCUAGCCUCUCGCGCCGGGAAGUUGUCGGCCCCUUCGCGCCGCGCUGCGCCUCGUGCUCCCCGCACGCGCACCUGGGACGACCCAGAGCGGGGGCCGAGGUGCAGGGCUUGGCCCAGGCCACCGUGGGAAGCUGGCGCCGAUAUCCCGGGGCUCCUUUUGCCUGGCCGAGGGACCGCUUGUACGCGAGUCCCGGGCUGGGCUACCAGCACUCCUGACCAAGCUCACUGGGGGGUCUGGAGGAGCCAAUGGCAGGGUGACCACCAGGGGGAAGAAGGCAAGAAAACGUCCCGGAUGGAGUAAACCUGAAUGGGCUGAGGCCUGAGUGAGGAAAGAGGCAGCCUUGUCAAUGGGGAGGAACUUUGGGCCUGGGGCUGCAUCCCCUGCCACCCCUGCCAGCCUGCCCCCAACCCUAACCAGGGGUGGCAGCUCUGAGAGAAGACCAGGGUCCUGCUGGGCUCUUUCCUACAUUUGGACUUGACGAACUUUUCUCAGAAAGUGACCUUUACAUUCCUGUGGCUCUAAGUUUUAUUUUCUCUUGCUGCUUUUUAGAACGGGAGCUUUUGGAUAGGGAGACUUGUAUGUGGGAGUGUGGGUGGCAACUGGUGUGGUCUG